CAUGCGAAGGAAAUAGAUGUAGGUAGUUAACAUCUGUCGUUGGAACUUACACACAUGCCUGCGGCGAUUUCGCGUCUGCGAAUUUCGCUCCCUCUCUCCUAUUGGUCCAGGAUUCAUUAGUUUUUCGCAAUGCCCAGCAGAGCCAUCUAUCGGUGGUUCUGGAGUGAGAUAAGAUUGACGACCCUGAGAUCUGGAGCACCCGUUUCGUUUCCGAAUAUAUACGAGGCUGCAAACAAGGCGUUUUCAGGUUACUGCGCAUGCGGGAAAAAUCCCGUGAGUCGGCAGAAAGAGAAAGGUAGUAGUGGUUCGUUGCAGCUGGAAUUACUGAACAAAUUGUGGAAUUGGAACAGUGUUAAACAGUGUAAAAAUUAUUCCACAACAAUUGAAACGAGGGAUCAAGAGAUGACGGGCAUUAAAGAAAAGCCAUUUCGCCGACUUCCUAACGAUGUUCGACCGUGUCAUUAUGAUAUCACGUUGGUGCCGGACAUAACAAAUUUCAUCUUUCACGGAACGGAAAAUGUGCAUAUUAAUGUACUAAAAUCUACCGAUACGAUUGUUUUAAAUUCGUUGGAAAUCAAUAUUAAAAGUGCAUAUUUUGUUAACAACAAUGGAUAUACUAUUCCUGCGAAGAGUAUUGAUAUAUCUUCGUCCGAAGAAACAGCUACCUUGGUAUUUGAUGAUAAACUUCCAGUUGGAAAAGUCGUGAUUCUAAGUUUGGAAUUUGUAGGAGAAAUCAAUGACAAGAUGAAAGGUUUUUAUCGCAGUAAAUAUAUAAGGACUAAUGGUACGGUUGGUUAUACAGCAGUCACACAGUUUGAACCUACGGAUGCUAGACGUUGUUUUCCAUGUUGGGAUGAACCAGCUCAUAAAGCCACGUUUGAUAUUACUUUAAAAGUACCAACCGGUGUCACAGCGCUUUCAAAUAUGCCUAUCAAGGAAAGAACUAUCAACGAAUCGAUCGAGAUAUUAACCUUUGAGAGAACUCCUCUUAUGUCGACGUAUCUGGUAGCUGUGGUGAUAGGAGAGUUUGACUAUGUAGAGGACAGAUCAAGUGAUGGUGUACUUGUACGAGUUUAUACUCCAAAAUCCAAAAAAGAGCAAGGACAAUUUGCAUUAGAAGUGGCAACAAAAGUGUUGCCUUAUUAUAAAACAUAUUUCGGUAUAGCGUAUCCGCUUCCGAAAAUCGACCUUAUUGCAAUUUCGGACUUUUCAUCGGGUGCCAUGGAAAAUUGGGGUUUAGUAACGUAUCGGGAAACUUGUCUCUUGGUAGAUCCACAAAACACAUCUUCUGUUAGGAAACAAUGGAUCGCUUUAGUUGUAGCACACGAAUUAGCUCAUCAAUGGUUUGGGAAUCUCGUCACUAUGGAGUGGUGGACGCAUCUAUGGUUAAACGAAGGAUACGCUUCGUUCGUAGAAUUCCUUUGCGUUGCGCAUCUUUUCCCUGAGUACGACAUUUGGACGCAAUUUGUAACAGACACGCACAUCAGAGCAUUGGAAUUAGAUGCAUUGAAGAAUAGCCAUCCUAUAGAAGUCCUAGUCGAGCAUCCAGCCGAAAUAGAUGAAAUUUUCGAUGAUAUAUCGUAUUAUAAGGGCGCGUGUGUUAUCAGAAUGCUGCACUCUUAUAUCGGUGAUGACGAUUUCAGAAAGGGCAUGAACUUGUACUUAAAAAGGCAUAGCUACUUCUAUGCAGAGACAGAAGAUCUUUGGGCUGCCUUGGAAGAGGCUAGCAAAAAAACUGUUCGAAGUGUUAUGUCCACGUGGACCAAACAACAAGGCUUUCCCAUUGUAAAAGUUGAAUAUCGACAAGAAGGUAACGACAGAAUUUUGUCUCUUUCCCAAGAAAGAUUUUUAGCAGACGGAUCUGUAGAUACGGACAAUCAAACGUGGAUUGUACCAAUAAGUGUAAGCACUUCCAAACAUCCCAAAGAAACUGUUCUUAGUGCAUUAAUGGAUGAGAAGACUAAAGAGUUUGUACUUAAGGACGUACCUGAAGGUACUUGGUUAAAAAUUAAUCCUGGAGCGAUCGGCUUUUACAGAACGCGCUACAGUCCAGACGCGAUGUCUCUAUUUCUGCCUGCCAUUAAAGAUCACACGUUACCUCCAUUAGACAGAUUAGGUCUUUUGGAUGACCUUUUUGCUAUGGUUCAAGCUGGACAUGCCUCGACCGUAGAAGUACUUAGAUUCAUGCAAGCAUUUAAACACGAGGACAAUUAUACAGUAUGGUCUAGUAUAGUAAAUUGCAUAGGAAAGAUUAGUGUACUUUUAGCUCCUCUCGACUCUGCGGAUGCAUUCAAAGCAUUCGUUCGAAAUCUAAUGCGUGAUAUUAGCAAAAGAUUGGGAUGGGAUCCAAAGCCUAACGAAAGUCAUUUAGAUACGCUUCUCAGAUCUCUCAUAUUAGAUCGUAUGGCAGCUGCAAACGACGAGGAAACUAUACGACAAGCAACGAGAAGAUUCGCACUUCACAUGUCUGGUGUCAUGCCCCUUCCUGCAGACCUGAGAAGUCCGGUUUAUCGUGCUGUUCUCUCCGUAGGUGAUGCUUUUACCUAUGACACUAUGCUUAACCUCUACGAAGAAUCGGAUCUCCAUGAAGAGAAAGAAAGAAUAUUGAAAGCGCUUGGCGCGAUCCGAUACGAAAAUUUAAUAGAAAGAACUAUUGAAUUCUCCAUGAGCGAGAAAGUAAGAGCGCAGGAUACCGUUUUUGGCUUCAUGUCUGUUACAAUGACGCAAUACAAAGGUCGUGUUAUCGCCUGGAAAUUCUUCAAGGAACAUUGGAAAACUCUUCUCGAUCGUUACGAGGGAGGUUUCCUACUCUCCAGGCUAGUCAAGUUAACGACUGAAAAUUUUGUCUCCGAAGAAUACGCUAAAGAUGUGGAAAACUUCUUUGAAAAUCACCCGAUGCCUGGAACAGAGAGAACGGUCCAACAAAGCAUCGAAUCUAUCAGAUUACAUGCGGCGUGGCUUGCUAGAGAUAAAGACUCUAUAAAAGAAUUUUUAAGUACCGUAGUUUAGAAUAUCCUUGUUUCGAGUUUAUGAAUGUGUCGUCGGUAUUCUUGGCUUAGCGGAGAAUCGAUAAAAUCGUACCUUUCUUAAGAGUUAAGAAAUUAUUUAAAUCACGUAUAAAACGUUUUUAGUAACGUUUAACAUUAACAGGCAUAAGAUCGCGAUGAUCUAUUGUUUGUUCGUACCAUAGUUCGUCAUUCGAAGGAAAUAAUCGUUUUACAUAAGAACCAUCAUCGUUGGUUUAGUUUAGGGGGAGUUUUAUUGUCACUAGCAUUUACACAACAAUCGUCGUUCGUUCGUUUAUCGUACAUUUCACUUAGAACAUACGUACUUACAAGAUUCAUGGAAUACGCGCGUCGGUAAUUUUGUAUCGCUUUUACGUUAUAUGCGUAUUCACGAGUAUGAAAAUUUCAUAUCAAAGAGAAAUGUAACGUUACCGUUCCCCGAAACACAAUUGCAUUUUCGAGAUAAGUAUUAAUUGAUUCGAUGAGUGAAAUUGAAAUAAUCGAAAUAAAAACUUUUACGCUUAUAAGUAAAACAAAAAAAAGAAAAAAAAAAA